GUUUCCAGCUCUGCUGGGGUUUCAACCAGGCUGCAGCUCCCAGCUGAUUCCACUUCAUGAGAUGACAUUGGAAGUGGUGCUGCAAGCUCGACUGGAACACAGGACAUGAUGCUUCAGCUCUUAGUGGCUCUGACCUUUGCUGCCUUUGUGAAGAAUGCGCCUCUGUUUGGCAUCAAGAUAGUACAACAUGUGGCCCAUCACCCAGAGACAUUAGGAGAGCUUUAUUCUGAUGACAUGGGAGUGGUGGAGGGAGACAUGAUUUUAUUGAAAAACAGGAAUGCAGUGGGUAAAUCUUGGCCAACUACAGACUUGGCAUAUGAGAUCAGUCCAGACAUAAACAACAGAAAGAAGGAUAUCAUGGCUGCCAUGGCAAUGGUGUCUGAGCACACCUGUAUAACUUUCCACAGGAGAAACUCUGAGUCAAACUAUGUGCUCUUCCGUCCUGGUAAAGGCUGUGCUUCAAACGUGGGCUUUUUCAAAGGCAAGCAGUCUGUGUAUGUUGCGCCACCAUGCAAAGUGGGAAACAUUGCUCAUGAGAUCCUUCACACUCUUGGCUUUGAGCAUGAACACACCAGGUUGGACCGGGAUGGCUUUAUCGAAAUUAUCAAGAGUAACAUCAUCAAAGGUAAAGAGAACAACUUCCAAAAGAUUGGUGGGCGAACUUUUGACAUUCCGUACGACUACACUUCCAUACUGCACUAUGGACGGACUUUCUUUACAUCAAACGGAAAACCCACCAUCAUCCCAAAGAAAAACGUAAAGGACAUGGGACAGAGGCGUAGACUGAUGGAGACGGACAUACAGAAAAUCAUUCAUGUCUAUAACUGUGGUCCUGGUAAAAAGGGACGUUGUCGAUUAAACAGGGGCUGCAACAGACUGUUGCUGUGGCAACCUGCAGAAACUUAUAAAUCUCAAUCAGAAACGGAUUUCUCCAUAAAGCAUGAAAGAUUCUCUCAAAUCAAAUGCCACAGUGGGAAGCUGAAUUCCUCUUUUUCCACCAUUGCCUCCUGGAAGCACAUGGAAACCAUCAGAGAGGUGUUGGAAAUAUUAAUUUAAUUAUGCUAGUUGUAAUGAUGUUUAAGCUUUAGCGCAUGUUGAAAUAUUACAUUGAUCAUGAUUGUUUUGAGUAGGCCUCAGUUUAGCUUAGAUUUAGACUCUUAGUUUAAUCAAUACAUAACUUAAUCAGUAGAAAUUUUUUUCUUAAAUGAGCACGAUUUGAUUCAAAUGAGUCUAAUCAGUAGUUUUUUAUAUUCAUAGUCUUAAGAAGUAUAUGUCAUUCAUCUGAAAAUGGUUUAGUUCAUUAUAAACCAAAGGAGUUGAAAACUAAUCAGAAAAUAUCGAAUGUAACAGAUGUUUUGGUAUCGAAACUGUUCAUGUCUGUUUUGUAAGAGUGUGAAGAUAUUAUAUGAAACUUGUGGUAAUUUUUAUAAUCAAAAUCUGCUGUUUGAUGUGCUGGGUCAGAGGUCAGGAGAUCUCUGUGUGGUUCAGGAACCAGUUUGAAGGGAUGAAAAACACGGAUAGCCGAUAAACUUUGGUCUCGCUUCCUUGAGUAAAAUGUUUCUGUAUGAAAUGAACACAUCUACUGUUGGUGCCCUGGGAAAAUACGCA